UUCCGUAUAUAACCUGGCCAAAGCUCCCCUCUCUCUUCCCAUCAACACAAGCAUCAGCUUCCAGCUCAAUUCCUUCGUAUAAACUCCCACACUUCACUAGCUCAUCUAGACUGCUACGGUCAUCGAUCACAGAGUUCACACAGAUCAGUUUCCGGUUUCCAGCUUCAUUGAUUCACGCAGCUUGAGGAGAACCGAAUUAAUGGCGGGUGCGGCGAAGAAGGCGUCGUGGACGGCGGCGAUGAGCGUGGGCGCGGUGGAGGCGCUCAAGGACCAGGCGGGGCUCUGCCGCUGGAACUACGCGCUCAGAUCCGUCCACCGGGCAGCCACCAAGGCUGACGUCCGGGCAAGAGGCGAGCUCCCGCAGGGCAAGAAGCUGCGCCCUGCCUCUGCCGCGGCGCCGGCGGCGGAGAGACGGCGCGCUGAGAAGGCAGAGGAAGGGUUGAGGACGGUCAUGUACCUCAGCUGCUGGGGUCCCAACUAGGACUAGUUUUUCAUUGGCUACAGGGUGUUCCUACGCUCAUAGCAACAGCCAUGGCAAUUGGCAAGCGACUUGGCUGGUUCUUGCCCCCUGAUGUACAUAUGUAUCAUGAUGAUGAUGGUGAAAACUUGUGCAAUUUUGGGUUGAUUGA